AUGUAUAGAGCAGAGCUGUAUCUUUGCUGAAUGUAGUCAAUACUUUUAAUUGCUUUCCUAUUUCCGUCAGCACACUUGGCAACGUCUUUCCUUUGCUACUUUCGACUAACAGAAUUAUUGCGUCAAUUUGACAUAAUUCAAGAAAUUUAUAGCAUUUUGCUUCACUCAAAAAAUAAACCAAAACAAUGGCAACUGCUACUUUGGUAACUGCUGCACUGGCUAAGGAAAAGGUAUGGUUUGAUAAGCCAUCCUACGACAAAGCAGAACGACUAUAUUUUGAAAAAAUGGCUAAGGUAAUGUCUCAUAAAAUUGCGGGAACCUGUAUGCUUAAGAUUGACAGUUCUAUAACUGAUAUGUAUCAAGAUGUAAUCAAUACUAAGACAUUGAAAUUUAAAGCUGAAAAAUUAAAAGAUAACAAGCUAGCUGUCGAGAACGAAUUAAACAUGAAACGUUCUACAUGUCAAAGAAGAAAUAUAAAAGCUAAUAAACAAACUGUAGAUGUAUGUAAUAUGCAGAAAAAGGAAAAUAUAAUAAAAACAAGCGAAAAAUUUGAUAACACAAAUGAUAACGCGAGGGAAAAAGAGAUUAUUUUUCCGAAUGAGAAUUCUAUAAGAUAUAACGCGAAAGAAAAUAAAGAAAAAAAAAAUAAAGAAGAUACGAAAAAUAGAAAUAGGGGAAAUAAAGAAAACGAUAUUGGAGAAAAUAAAGAAACUGCAAUGGCAUUCACAAGGACUAAAGAACAAUAUUCCGAUCAGGGAAUUCAACAGUCUACUUGCCCAAUCUUGCCUGCUGUUGGAAGUUUAGCCAAUGAGGUCGCCAAGGCUCGGCAGCAUAUUAAACAAUCUUUACAGUGUAUGGACGAUAUUGCUGUACUUGCACAUAUUGCAAAUCAAGAUGUUACACCUCGUGUUGUCAAACUUGAAAAAGAAAAUCAAGAUCUGCGAAAUAUGAUUCAGGAUUUGAAGAGUUCCUUUGAAAAAUUGGUACAACAUGCGAAAAGUUUUGAAACAUUGGAGCAACGUGUGGAGAGUCUUGAAGUACGCAUGCCCUACUUAGCAAUUUGUCCUGCGAAACCCAAGGAAUUAUUGGAUACAGAACAAGAAUCAGAACGUAACAAACAUCAGAAGCAAAACAAAGACAAAGAUGAUGAUAAUGAUGAUGUUGAUCUAUUUGCUUCAGAUUCAGAGGGAGAGGAUACUGAAGCUGCUAAAAUUAGAGAAGAGCGACUUGCCGAAUACGCUGCCAAGAAAUCCAAAAAACCAGUUUUAAUAGCCAAAUCAAACAUUAUUUUGGAUGUGAAACCAUGGGAUGAUGAGACAAAUAUGAAAGAAAUGGAAAAUGCAGUGCGAAAGAUCGAAACUGAUGGUCUUCUUUGGGGUGCUUCUAAACUUGUACCACUUGCAUUUGGAAUUCAUAAGCUACAGAUUUCGUGUGUUGUGGAAGAUGACAAAGUAUCGGUGGAUUGGUUGGUGGAACAGAUUCAAGAAUUAGAAGAUUAUGUGCAAAGCGUCGAUAUUGCAGCUUUUAAUAAAGUGUAAAAAUAUUACAUGAGUUAAAUUAUAAAGAUAUCGGAAAUAAGCAUAA